AUGGGUCCACAUCUCCUGGCACUUCUCCUGAAGUUGGCGGGCGGCGUAGAUCAUGUCGGUGAUCCCACGAUGACGACGGAAGCCGCACUGGCUUUCCGACAGAAGACCUUGUUCCAGGUGAUUAUUCAGGCGGUUGAGAAGGACGCGAGCGGAGAUCUUCCUGGCGAUGUCCAGAAGGGAGUUGCUUUGUUGGUUGUCUCAGAUCUAGCGGUUUCCUUACCGCUUGUAGAAAUGCACGAUUGUGGCGUCUUUGAAAUCCUGCGGGACUUCUCCUUGACACCACAUUUUCUGGAAGAGCGCCGUCAGAUGGACAAUGAAUCGAGGGCAACUUUGCCUGUAGAUCUCAGCAGGGAUCGUGUUAGAUCCGGGCGCUUUCCCGCUGGGGAGCUGCUGCACCACGCUGAUGCUUUCGUGGAGCGAAGGCGGGAGGUCGAGGUCGAUGUCGGUCUGCACUUGUGGCAGACGGCCGAUGGCGGCGUCGGAAAUGGCGGAGGGACGGUUGAGGACGCUUGA